AAAACAAAAAGUAAGGUUAUGAAAACAAGUUCAAAGGAGUUUUCUGUGAUUUUCUCUCAAUUUUCCCCCAAAAAUGCGUCCUCAAUUCGGAAAUCGCUUACUAACAGACGACCAGGAUGUCUUUCAGCACAAUGCCUGGGACAAUGUUGAAUGGGACGAUGAACAAGAGGAACUCGCAAGGGAGAGUGUCCGGAAGAAUUCAUUACAGAAAAUGCCCCAGGAAGACGUCCAGAAGUACGAGGAUGAAGCUGAUAAAUUCUGGGACUCUUUCUACAGCAUCCAUAGCAAUAAAUUCUUCAAAGAUCGCCAUUGGCUGUUUACGGAGUUCCCGGAAUUGGCUCCAGCAGUAGAAAAUUCCGAAAAUUCCAGUAAAUGUGGUAGAAAAAUAUUUGAAAUUGGCUGUGGAGUAGGUAAUACCAUCAUCCCGAUCCUCAAGUACUCACAAGAAGAGGAUUUAAUGGUCUAUGGCGGAGAUUUCUCAGCCAAAGCCAUUGAAAUCCUCAAGGAAGAUCCACAUUUUGACGGAAAGAGAUCUCAAGUUUUUGUCCUGGAUGCUACAGCUGACAUCUGGGAUGUUCCCUUCGAAGAAGCCUCAAUAGACAUUGUCGUUCUGAUCUUUGUCAUGUCUGCCAUCAAUCCUUCAAGGAUGUCUCAUGUUGCCAAACAAGUGGCCAAGUACCUGAAGCCAGGUGGACUUCUGGUCUUCAGGGAUUACGGCCUCUACGACAUGGCUCAGCUGAGAUUCAAGCCUGGAAAGUGCCUGGAGGAAAACUUUUACGUCCGGGGAGAUGGAACUCGGGUUUAUUUCUUCACUCAGGAGGAAAUCAGGGAUUUGUUCCAGGCAGCUGGACUCCUGGAGGAACAGAAUCACGUCGAUCGAAGACUUCAGGUCAAUCGUGGGAGACAGCUGAAGAUGUAUCGCGUUUGGAUUCAGGGGAAAUUCCGGAAACCCGUGCCAAAACUGGAAAUACUGCACUAGUACAUAUCUCCAACUUUUUUUUCGUCAUUUUUUUUCAAUGGGUUGAAGAGUUCUGCUGGAGUCUCCUCCUGAACCUGGGAUAAAAGGAAUUUCUAUUGAGGAAAGGCAUUUCAAUUACUUUUGUGAUCAAUCUUCUGUUGAAGGAAGUUUAAAGGCGAAUUCCGAUGAGACACUCGGAUUCAGAGAUUCUUAACUUUGAGACAUAUUUCUCUCUGUUGAAAAUCAUUUUAAUGCUGGUCAUUGCGGAUUUAAAUUAUUCCUAAACAAGGCAUAGGAUCUUCUUGCCUUGCCAUUGCUAUAUUUUAGUCAAAGAGGAUUAUUUUUUCUUCUUAGUUCAAUUUUAUUUUUUAUAGCUCAGUUUUUUUUAAAUUAAUACAAUUUGGCUGAGUUUUUUUUUAAAUUGCCAAAAUGCUGAAAGUGGUUGGAGC